AGCUACUGGUAAGAAAUGACUACUAUAAAUUGUCGAAAGCGAGCCUUUCGACUUCAUUGGAGAUACAGCAGGCUUACGAGACGACGUCGACCUAAGCUAAGAAGCCUGAGCGACGUGGCUAUAAGGACGACAUUUCAACAUGGAAGCAGUGCUGUUCAUCGUUUGGCUGGCAGUCUCAAUCCUGGUUCUUUCCAGUGACGGAUAUCUCAUCAGAAGAGGGAGAGAAGGUGGGUGUUAAUUUCAAACUAAAAACAAACUACUUCUUAAUUUCAAGGCAGUUGGGUUGUUUACUUAAUAUGCCAAGGGAGAAACCUUCCCUAAAAACUCGUCUCGUUAACCCCAUUUUCAAAGUACAGUUUGCCAAAAAAACUGUAUUUCUCAAUCUUUCAGAAAAGAACUAAUGUUUACCAUUUGCACAGCAAUUUGUGAUUGAAGAAAACGUACUUGAGCGAGAAAUAAAGCAUACUUUACGUCAUAACAUUGUUAAAUCGUAAUAGCCCACUGAAAUUCAGUGAGGCUCGGUAACUUAUGUUGUUAUGAACAAUUAGUACAAUUUCAGUACUCUCAAGUACUGUGCCAGCUCAUUAGCAGCGCAGAAAAAAGGGUGUGUAGGUUUGUCGUCAAGGCGUUGUACCAUACCGUAGCCAAGAACUUUGGUUUUUGGCUCGCACGGAAUUGGAUUUUCUAACAGACAAAUGCCCAUUGAAUGAGAACGUUUUUAAGAAGAAAAUAUCUACGAAUUAGUACUAGUACAAGUGUACGAACUCUACUGGGUUAACAAAUGGAAACGAAGGAACCGUUUUCUUAAUAACAAAAUGUAAAUACCAAGGCUCUGUUGGAGCUUUGUUUCUGUGUAGGUGGUCUUAACUGUACUAUUCUGUAAGUUAUUUUUGGGAGGAAUACUCACUCCUGGAUGCUACAAAGAGUAGUGCCGGGUUUUGCAAUCAUCUUGAACAUUUCGAGCGGAGGACUACAAUUUAACUUAAGAGAUUACAAGUUGCAAACUAUAAUGAGUAAUGACCCUCUAUAAUAUUUUUAAAUGACUUAUAAGGGGAAAUCGUAUAAGUGCGAUGUGCGAUGAACAGUCUCAGCAUUUUCAAUUCGAUGCAAAAUAGGUUUCCCUUACAAAAUCAGAAGCGCACUAUAAAUUACUAUGAUAAAUUUGUCAAUCAAUGUUUCAAUAAUAGGAGAAACAUGGUCAUCAAUAAAACGUGAGCUCAACAUUUUAUGCACAAUAACGAGAAAUCAUUUAAUCGUUAAGUACGUAUUCGAUCAGUUAACUUAGAUAUUGAAAUUCAGUACGGGACAAUUCAUUGCGCUGCCUUUUAGCAGGUAAAAUUAAAACGCCUUCGUUUAUCAAACGUUCCGGAGAGAUUUAAUUUUAUAAAAUUUGACUUCAGGCUACUAUCGAGCGUUGUUAAGUAGCAAAAAAAUGUAAGAAAAGGAUUUUUCAAAGUCUUAUUUGUUCAAUUUGCUAAACUAGAUUUCUCAUGUGUAUUUGUCUGGUAUCCUGUUACAUCUUACAUGCAAUUCCCGAAUUCUCUUACUUUUAAUAAAUAACUACUACAGCCUAUUUCUAGUAAUUAACUGAAGCACUUAGAUCGGAUUGCAAGGGCUCCUUAUAUAAUUAAGUCAGGGGCAGGAAACUACUGCUGUAAAAAUAUCUGUUUCUGCAGGAAGUACAUUUUGUCUAGAAAUUUCUAUAGCUCGAAAAGAUAAAAAUUUAAAGACUUUUUAAUCCAUCUCUGAGGAUAUCUUGAAUUUUUCCUCUAAUAACUUCCCUAAGAUUUAGUUUUCGUAAUUUUUACCUUUUCGCCCCGCCGGUUUUUGAUUCGAAAGAUGGUGAAGGAGAGAGAUGGAAAAUCUUUCAUUUUCGCAAACCAUAAAGCGGGACAUCCUCGAUUUGGGAAAAAAAAUCAUAAGAAAGCUGUAAUGAACUUGAAAAUGCUAAAGUUGCUCGAGUCGCAUGAACGACGCCUCUCAGAGUUGAGUUGCUCAGUAGGUACCCUUGAACAAGUUUUUAAAGCAUUUGGGUGAGAACCGUCGUUAAGUGCCCCUUAAAAGUAAGAGACAUUUACCAGAUGGCCUCCAACAGUCCCGCGCCCAUCCUAACUUAACGGUCAACAGCGAUUGACGAAGUAAGGUUUUUGUUACGGUUACCAUCUCCAAAUUAAAAGUAGGUUUAAAUAAUAUUAAGUACCACCUCUGGUUACUGGUUUUGAGUUAGAGCGCCCAGCGUCGUAUUUCGUAGAUAUAGCUCCCUCGUUCAAAUGAUUUCUUUGAACUUUCCCCCUUCUUUAUAUUUCUUUAUUUUUCUUAAAUACCCUUACAAAGAUAAGACCAUCCGAAUUAGGUGCUACCCAACGACAUCUCCAAAGGAUUUGGCCCCUGAGGGCUGCCAGUUCCGAAAGUAACGGAGCCGCUUAACCUUCAGAAUCCUAAGGUAUCAUGUUAUUUCCUGUUUUUCCAUUCAUGUCAGUUUUGGUUUUCACCUGAAAAUAUCUGGCCGAAACAAGAGUAAAGAGGCCAUAGAAAAAUAAUUAGCUGAAAAUUUUAAUAUGUUAAAAGCUUUAGUAAAGUAAAACUUUAAUUCCAUUGUUCUUCCUCACGGCGCCUUUUGAAAAAAUACGUUUUGAAUAAUUUCAGAAACGAUUCUCCGCGAAUAAAAUAACGCAACUUUUAAUUUGUGAAAAUAUCCUUGCUUCGUCUAAUACUUUCAAAUCUCUGUAAAAGGUAUUGAAAUUUAUACAAAAGUUAUGUAAAAGAAUUAACAGAAAACCAUAGGGCAGGGUAAAUGUUCCAGCCGUUGCGUUUUCUUUAGUUUUUGCUGGUAUUUUAAAAUCUUACACAGUCAUGUUAUAGUCUUUUGUAAGUUCCAUUUAUAAAUUAAAGUUAUUAAUUUUCUCUGUAAAAUCAUUUUCAGUCAUUGGUACAUAUAGUUUUUGUUUGAAAAACGUGUCUUCCUAACUCUGGGGCGAAGCGAAAAAAUUCUAAUUUACAUUAGUGUCUAGAAAUUAUUUAAAGCUGACUGAUCAAUUGAAAUUUCAAAGCGUUUCUUUGAUUCUUCCGACAAUUUUGAACCAGAGCCAAGGCAAAAACAACCAAAUGUGUCUAGCAGACAUAUGACACUUGAUUACAUGCAUCAGGUUAUUAAGCCAUUAUAGCUUAAUCGCCCCAAUAUAUUGGAAAACGUCUCUUGUCAUCUGACUUAGGGGUCAUGUUUUUCUUUCAUCAGUACCCCAAACUGCAAUACAAAGCUAGAAUUUCAAGCCGUGAUUCCUGCAUGUCUUAAAUACCAGUACCUAGUCUUAAAGCUGCGAACAGCUGAGGGAAAAUCAGUCAGACUAGCCAGCAAGGAUAGCCGCACAGUGAUCGAAGUCAGAGAAGAAUCGUUUUCCAUUAAGCUAUGACGGAGUUUUCCUUGCUUCGCUUCGUGGUUGUGCUUAUUUUAGCUUUCCUACCUAAUGCUUUCUGUGCCCCUAAACAAAAUCCACAGAAAACCGAAGUCAGUGGUAAGUUCAUGCUUUGUAUUUUUCCUGUGUAAAUCAGUUGCUAACUUUUAUAAAAGUGCUUUUUUCACACCAAAAGGCACAAAAAGUUGUAAACUAAAAUUGUUUUUAAUAGUUGUUUCCUAGAUUGAAAAGUUCUAACUGAGCAAACUAUAACUUGAAACUAUAACUUUGUCCUCGGUAAAACCACCGAAAAUGUUUCAAAAUGUUCCUAUGAUCGUAAGACUACUGAGUUUUUUAUCGGUUUCCUCAUUAUGAAACACUGCAAUGACUAGGACAGCAACAUUAUGUCGAAAGGAAAAAGAGCAACGAAAUCUAUUCAAGUUUUCUUGCUUCUCGGUAUAUUUUUGCAGGAUUUGAAUAGACUUGUAUCUCAUGAUCUCGAAAAGACCGCGCUGGGACUUGGUACUCAAAACUUUGAUUUGGCAGCACUCGCUCAACUUGCAAUUUUCGUUAAAAGAGAGGAAAAUAAAGUCGAUUGCAUCGACCAGUGCUUGACUUCUGACGUGCUUUCUCUUGUCAGACAUCUCAUUGUCGAUUGCUUUGUUCAAGAUUGCUUACCGUCUGUAUUUGGAAAUCAUGGCUGGACAAAAUAUGAAGAAAAAAUCGAAACUUGCAAUAUUGAUCUCUUUUUCCCGCUGUGCACUAUGUCCAUCUGGAUCAUGUGUUCUGGAUCAUUUAAAAGUAUAAAUUGUAAUUUAGCAAGCAACUUUUAUUUGCUUUCGCCACUUUGCCUCUUAUUUGUUGCCGUUUAAUUGACAAUCUAGUCAGAGAAAAUUCCCUCCCUUGGAACUGAUUUUGUCUCUAGAAGGUUCUGGAAAGAAACAUUAUAUGAAUCAAUGUAUACUUUCGUAAUUUGACCAGUCUUUGGCUAAUUCGGGUCACUUUUACGGGCUUUGAAUGCAAACAGUAUACUCAACAAGUGAAAUUUGCAAGGAUGACAAAUGUGCGGAAAUCUAGAUUUAAAUAUUUCUUCUUCCCAUUGCCUUGCCAAAACCUCAGGACAAGAUGUUUAUUCUCAGACAAAAGUAAAUGGUCCUAGUUGUUGUACAUCUUUUUUGGCAACAACAUAUGACACGCAGAGUUUUCUUCUAAAUAGUACCAGUGAAAAAGUUAACUAACUAUUAACCUCAGGACAAGAUGUUUAUUCUCAGACAAAAGUAAAUGGUCCUAGUUGUUGUACAUCUUUUUUGGCAACAACAUAUGACACGCAGAGUUUUCUUCUAAAUAGUACCAGUGAAAAAGUUAACUAACUAUGACUAAGGGAUUUAAAAAAAGAGGACGCCCAUCUGGGGUAAAUUGACCGCUUAAAUUGUUUGCGUUUUCAAAGAGAUUGAAAACGUUCGAAAUAUAGCCGAUGCUCAUGAUACUUAUCCCUGGGUAAUACGAAUCAUAUAUCGCUGCGGAAAGAUUGAGUUUUCGUUGGAACUCUCUAAUUGCUUUUCAAUUUUUCAAAUUUUUCUUUUAUUAAUUUAUCAAAUAUCAAUCAUUUCUUCAUUUUUCAGGUUCGUGAUUGCGAAGUUUAUAUACUAUACUGAAGUGAAUAAACUUACCCUCUUCUUCUUCUUCUUCUUCUUCUUCUUCUUCUUCUUCUUCUUCGCGCGCAUGAGUACGGCAGUAAAAACCGCGCGGGUCAGAGAACCUGCAUUUCCCGAACAUUUAGCCGGGUUCUUACAUAAUUUAGUAAUAGCACAAUUUUAGGUUAUUGGUUCUUAUUUUCUGAAAAAAUACGUUGUAGCUAAGAGUAUUUGGUGGUAUUCAGCUUAAUCCUCAUUUAAAAUCUGCACAACAUUACAUUGUAGUUAGAGUAAUAAGGCACCUAUAUGUCUCAGAUUCUUGUGUAGAGUGCACCUAACUAGCAAAUUUUACCCUAACCGGGUUCUUAAAUACCAGGUGCCUAGUCACGAGUUUUUACUGUAUUGACUUAAUGUUACUUUUGAAGAUGUCAAUAAUAACUCCACCAAACCUGAUUUUUACAAUGGCCUCAUCACUGAACGACAUGAAAAAGAAGAAUAAAGGCAUACAGGGCAUGGAGUGGCGAAACAGCAUUUUCAAAACUACGGACUAGAUUUACCGCCGACAUUCUUUUAAGACUUGUCUCUUAACGGUCAUCUCUGUAAGACGGAUACCUCUGUAAAACGCACACCUAGAGCUGGUCCCUAACUUUCUUUACUCCCUUUAUUUGACUUUCUAGAAGACCGACAUCUCUCCAAGACGAUGCCUAGCGCCAGUUCCAAAGGUGUCUGUCUUAGAGAGAUUUGACUGUUAUGCAAAUACGUUUUGUGUCUUUAUUUCAAAGGAAUUUAGCUUACCAAUCAAUAGCCAAUCGUUUCUCAUUCUACAAUUUAAUAGGUAACUGUAACUUCGAUUCCUCUACAUUCUGUAACUGGCAUCAAGUUGGUGAGCCGGAUGACAAAUUUGACUGGUCGUUAGAUCGAGAUUCUACGCCAAGUUCUGGCACAGGUCCAAUCAAGGAUGUCUCUGAAAAAGGUAAGGUGUCUUCCUGUUCAACAAGUUCACUCUGUAGCAUGUCCGUCUGUAAAACAAAUACAUUCCCUUUUUUUAAAAAAUCUAUUCAGUUUAGAUCACAGGUGACCGGCUGGUCAGAAUUAGUGAUAACAGACGGUGAUAACAUUUUAUUUUAUUCUUUUAGGUUACUAUGCCUAUAUCGAAUCCUCCGCUCCUCGCAGACGCGGGGACAAAGCUCGGUUAAUGACUGGUCCACUCAAAGGGGUGUACUGUCUUCGAUUCGCAUACAACAUGUAUGGCAGGACCAUAGGACAGCUAAACAUUUACCAGGUUUUACAUGGCAGCGAGUUAAAUAUUUGGUGGAGAAAAGGGCAACAAACCAGUGCAAGACAAUGGAAAACAGACAAUGUUACUGUUUACGGAAACAUCUACUACGUAAGUUCUCUGACAAGUCAAACUUGUGCGGCAGUGGGAAUUUACACAAAUUUUUGAUUAUUAUUUUUUCAAAGAAUUUCUCCCUUUGCGAUGUUGGCUUACGUUCCCACAGUCAUUAGUGCGGAGAAUCCUGAGCAACUUAAAAGGUUUGCGACAAUCUUCGAGUUUUUAAAAAAAUUAUUCGACGAAGAAGGUCAGUCGACUGAAAAUUGAAACAUUAUUGGACGAAUGACGUGCGCAAAGACAGAGUCGCGUAAUGGCUAUGCUAAUUGUCAAAGCAAAGAUUGAGAAAUUCCAGAUAACCCCCUCACCUGCGGCAUAAUACUUUUUAGUUCUGAUUGGUUGAGCUACUACUAGGCCAUAUGAUAUGGCCCACUAGUAGCGAGAAGCGCCGGCUUUGAAAACCAAAACAGUGGCGACUAAAUCGCGUUUUGUUAGCUAAAGUUGUUGUGUCUCGAUAUUUUUGACUAACUAGUUGGAUUUUACUAAAACGAUUAUUCCUCUCGCCCUCAUCGCCUCUGAGUCAAUAGCGCAAUUGACUCAGAGCCCAUUCGGGCUCGAGGAAUAAUUGUUAAAUAUUAGAGUUCAGCCUAUUCUUAUAGCCGUACUGUUUACUGUUGCUGCAGAUCAUUAUCGAAGGUGUCACGGGAAACAGUUAUACGGGAGACAUUGCAAUCGAUGAAAUUUCAUUUGUGAAAGGCUCCUGCAGAGGAGAACCAGUUCCAACUGUCGAUGAAGAAGAGUCAGGAAAAAAUGGUAAUGGUGAGAGUUAAACUCCAUUUUUAGUGCUAAAAAGUGCAAAAAUAUUUCUGCAGGCUUGUUGAUUGCUGUAAUACACGCGUGAUUGUUCAGUAUCUAAAUGUGCUGUUCAACACUUUAUCGAUAAUCUAAAUUGUGAAUCGAGGGGACCAGCUCAUUAAGUGGUUUGUUAUAUAGCCCAUGGAGAGUAACCUCCAAGAGUACAAAUUGUAAAAACCUAAGCUAGCGGUCAACAUUGCUCAGAGGCCUUUUUGGAGAGAAACGGUUUUAUUGUUUAAAAAAUGUCUUGUGCCUCGAAGCAGCCACUCGCAGAGGGCGCGCUGUUGGGGGAAAAUUCUAGAUAUAUCCUGUUAAAUUAAAAGUUUUAAAAGCUGAUAAAUGAAAAAAAAAACCAUCAAUAUCAAGUUGCUCUUAGUCUCCUCUCGUAACAGGUGAACACAGCAAUAAUGGCACUUGCAUUAAAAGAAGAAAUACCCCUCAGUUACCCCCAAAUUUUUAUAUUGAUGCUGAUUAUCAUAUUUUGCUUUUCGGCAGUUUCAGAUAGAUGUGAUUUUGAUUUGGGAUUUUGCGACUGGGGCAAUGAUUUGUCUGGUGUCGGAAAAAAGCCAUGGCGCUUGUCCUCGCACAGAGACAACCAAGUUCCUGCAUCGGUUGCUGGAAGACAAGACCACGGAAAGAAACUUGGUACGCCCGCCUGCUAGGUUGCUGUUGUCUGAUUACUCAUUUAUUUAUUUUUGCGUCUUGAGGUUUCCAUUUCCUAUGUAAGCAUUGCUCAAAGGCGUCUAUGUUAUUUAGAACUCCUCUUAUGGAAUGACAAACAUAAUUAUUUUCCUGGCCAGGAAAGAGAGGACGACCUCUCUUUACCCGGGUAUCCUCAUCGCCUCUGAGUCAAUAGCGCAAUUGACUCAGAGCCCAUUCGGGCUCGAGGAAUAAUUGUUUAAUAUUAGAGUUCAGCCUAAUCUUAUAGCCGUACUGUUUACUGUUGCUGCAGAUCAUUAUCGAAGGUGUCACGGGAAACAGUUACACGGGAGACAUUGCAAUCGAUGAAAUUUCAUUUGUGAAAGGCUCCUGCAGAGGAGAACCAGUUCCAACUGCCGAUGAAGAAGAGUCAGGAAAAAAUGGUAAUGGUGAGAGUUAAACUCCAUUUUUAGUGCUAAAAAGUGCAAAAAUAUUUCCGCAGGCUUGUUGGUUGCUGUAAUAUACGCGAUAUUGUUCAGUAUCUAAAUGUGCUGUUCAACACUUUAUCGAUAAUCUCAUAAAUUGUGAAUCGAGGGGACCAGCUCAUUAAGUGUUUUGUUAUAUAGCCCAUGGAGAGUAAAGUAACCUCCAAGAGUACAAAUUGUAAAAACCUAAGCUAGCGGUCAACAUUGCUCAGAGGCCUUUUUGGCGAGAAACGAUUUUAUUGUUUAAAAAAUGUCUUGUGCCUCGAAGCAGUCACUCGCAGAGGGCGCGCUGUUGGGGGAAAUUCUAGAUGUAUACCGUUAUAUUAAAAGUUUUAAAACCUGAUAAAUGAAAAAAAAAAACAUCAAUAUCAAGUUGCUCUUAGUCUUCUCUCAUAACAGGUGAACACAGCAAUGAUGGCACUUGCAUUAAAAGAAAAAAUACGCCUCAAUUACCCCCAAAUUUUAAUAUUGAUGCUGAUUAUCAUAUUUUGCUUUUCGGCAGUUUCAGACAGAUGUGAUUUUGAUUUGGGAUUUUGCGACUGGGGCAAUGAUUUGUCUGGUGUCGGAAAAAAGCCAUGGCGCUUGUCCUCGUACAGAGACAACCAAGUUCCUGCAUCGGUUGCUUCAAGACAAGACCACGGAAAGAAACUUGGUACGCCCGCCUGCUAGGUUGCUGUUGUCUGAUUACUCAUUUAUUUAUUUUUGCGUCUUGAGAGUUUCCAUUUCCUGUGUAAGCAUUGCUCAAAGGCGUCUAUGUUAUUUAGAACUCCUCUUAUAGAAUGACAAACAUAAUUAUUUUCCUGGCCAGGAAAGAGAGGACGACCUCUCUUUACCCGGGUAAUUUGAGGGGUUUAUCGCUUAUUCGAACCUACAUAGGGUUUCAAAACUACUCGAGGUUAGUUUUUCCCUUGCUGUUUACUGUUUUCAGACAAUAUUUGGAAGUAACCUGUCCCGCUGUAGUACUGUACGUUCUUUAAUUACUUUGUAUGCAGUUUAAGUCUCUGCGAUUAAAUCCGGGAAUAAACUUAUCCGUACAACUAAAACAACUAAAUGAAGAACAUAUAAACGCCUUUUAUUUUCCCGUUCGAUCCCUCAAUUAAGUCUUUAGAUCCUGCUGUCUAAGGCGCGGGCAAAACUAAGGAAUGUAAUUAGCAAAUGAACUCUAUUAACCAGGUGCCGACUCAAUUAAGGUUCUUUCCGCUUCUUGCACAUAGGAGGGAAGUUUGUAUAUUCAAAUCGGCAGCCUCAACAACAAGCAACGGUUUCGCGUCUGAUUAGCCGAAGUCUGUGUGGUCCUAAGUGCCUCGAAUUAUACUACUUUAUGAAGCGCUUUAGGGGAAGCGAGUUGAGAGUGUCUAAAAGGAUAGACAGUAAGGAGGAUCGACUAUGGUUUACAACAGGAGUGGGAGCGCAAACUGAGGAAUGGACGAGAGCGCUGGUGGACAUUAAAGAGGAACAUGAAAAUUGCUAUCAGGUGUGUACAAUAAUUAGUCAACUUUAAUGUAAUUUAGCAACGAGAGGUUGACCUAGUAGUUCGUUCACCUUGAUUAAGGAGUAGCCCCAUUUAAGGCAAACCACGACAGUCUUGGAUUCUGGAUUCCACGCUGUGGAUUCCGUAUUCCAGGUACUUGAUUGCUAAUUCCAUGUAUGUGGAACUAAUGGACUCCGGAAUCCCUGACUUAAAUUCCAGAUUCCAAGACCAUGGAUUCCACAUUCCACAAGCAAAAAUUUCCGAGAUUCCGGAAUAGGAAUUCCGGAAUUCUGAUUACCUUACAUGGAAUGAAAGAGGCCGGUCAUCAUUUUACUGAAAACAUUCGUGAUCGCCUCAUUGAUACAAUUUUUUCCCUCCGGUAUUAGCUUGUUUUUGAGUCUCGCCUUAGUGGAGCUCGAGAAUCAGUAGUGGGGCUCGACGAUGUUUUUACAACAAAUGGCAGUUGCUGCUCAAUACGGAACACUCCAGAGAAAACAGAGAAAGGUAAUACAUUUGUAGAUGGAAUUUAUAUGUAUAUAUUUGAUAUGUGUACCCUUAACUCCAACAGUUCCGGCCGAUAAAAGAGAAAGUUAUGGUUAACUCUGUAGACAUCAGCAACGACCUUAGUGUGGCCCUAUUAAACUAAGACUUCCUGGGCAUGGGUAAUUUCUUGAUGCCUUUAAAAUGCCCCCUUUCAUUUCAGCUUUUUGCGAGAUAUAAAUUUUAAUUUGAAAUAAGGUUUUGGAGUUACUCAGCGUUCCCGACCGCCAGUCUCCUGAGUCAAUUUCAACACAAAAGAGCCAGCCUAACCUUAUGCGUUGGAGAAUAGGAAACUGCGCCAGCAGACUAACUUAUAUCUGUUAUUCUUUUCCUAAACUCAACUUUAAACUUACCCAGAUUCUAGUAGAACCGUCUAUAAUAUUAAAUAAUCAACCUACUUAUCAAUGCCAUGUUUAUAUUCUCUGGACUAUAUCAGCAAACUGCGAUUUCGAUAAAGGCACGUUCUGUAACUGGGGGCACUCUGUGAAGUCGAGUUUUGCUUGGAGCUUAGGAAGUGGAAAGACUAAGAGUGGAAAAGAAAGCGGAGGGAUGACGGGGCCUACUACGGACGCUUCGGGCAAAGGUAUUUCAUGGCAAUUUUUACUGAAGCGUAUGACACAUUAGUGGCAAUAAAAACAUCUUAGAGUUAAGUGAAACCCUUUAAAUGUAGCUAAUGUAAUAUGUCCUCUCUAAUAUUGGGUUGAUCUGAUGUUUUCUCAUAGUAACCCUCAAAAGGGCGCUACUGGAAGUAUUCUCGUCAAUGGAUAUUUAUCCUGGGCUAGUAUUGCCAAGCGUUACUAUAGGAAGGGUUACAGAGGUUAAUUGAACUCUAAAAAAGUGCCACUUUUUUUAAAGAAAACACACACACACACACAAAAGCAUCACUCUUUGUAGUACGAUGCCUUACAUGUCUUACUCUUAGUUCAGUGUACUGAGAUGUAAUUUUCUGCAUUUGGAAAUGUGCGCUAUAUAACUCUAGUGUGGUUUCAAAAAUAAAAAUAGUUCAGUGUGCUGACGUAAUUUUCUGCAUUUAGAAAGUGUAGUAACUUUGUCUUUCCAUUUUUAGGCCAAUAUGCUUACAUAGAAUCUUCUGAGCCUCAUAUGAAGGGAGAUAAAGCCGUGAUGGUUAGUGAUCUUUUGUCUGGACAACAGUGCAUGCAAUUCAAGUAUCACAUGUACGGAGAGGACGUUGGUUCACUGUCAGUUUAUAGGCGGGGAAUUCUUCAGUGGAAAGAAAGUGGUAACCAUGGAGAUCAGUGGCUUGAGGGACAGGUCGACCUUGACUGCAGCAUUGAGGAGUACCAUGUAUGUUCUAAAUUACUGUUGGAGCAGAAGGGAGGGGAGGAAGAGUAGAGAGGAGAAAGUUUUCCUUCUCUGUACAAAGAUGCAGUCAUUUAAGGUCUUAAUUCUUAUAAAUUUAAUUAAAUCUGUCGUCAAAACUCCCAAGCAAGACCAUCUGUCUGAAAGUUGUCUCAGUCAGCGUACAGCAUUUAAGUUUGAAUGUGGAGUAAGGUCACUGAUUUCUAGGUUAAUCGUUCUAGAAAUACAAGGACAGAAUCUGAUGUAGAUAUCAUUAAAUAUCUUUGUUGUUUUUGUCAAAUAAAAUUUCAACUUUACUUUUCGAGCUAGUUGUAACUAAUAACUUUUUCUGUUUAUACGCAGGUUGAAAUCGAGGCGUCCGUUGGGGGAUGGCGUGGAGAUAUUGCUUUAGACGAAUUGCAAUUUACUCCAGGGUUCUGUCCUAAUAAGACCAAUGUUAGUGCUGUAUCGCCUACUAAUACACCAGUUAUAUUGCCAACGCCUCCUCCACCAUACCGUAAGUGCAGUUAAAAGACUUAUAAGCGAGGGCAAAACUUUUUCGUUCCACCUGCAUCCUGUUGAUUUUCAGCUCAAAUUAUUUUUAAACCCUCUUCAGUUCCUCCAGCCUUGGCAAGACACAGGGACGAGUGAUCGAGAUUAUUUUUUGCGGGCAAAAUCGUUCAAGGAAACUAACAAACUUGUCUCAGAAUAAUUUUGGAAGUGACAGCAUUUACCCCACUCACAAUAUAGAACCCCUCUGUUUCCUCAGGAUGAAAUUUCCAUUUUUCGAAAAAGCCAAUUGAAAACUGUUACCUGUCAGAAAGAACUUAGGUUUGUUUAUUUCAGUCGUCAUCAAAGCCAGCUUGUACCGUAAAUUAUUAACAUGUCAAAUAUUUUGGUGUAAAAGAAGGAAAUGGCGAAGCAAGCUUCAAAAAUAUUCCCUUUACGUGACCUUCUUUUCACUUUUGCUAAAUGGGAUAACAAUUUUUUUGAGUCUCCCAUGAUCAUGACCUCACAAAGACAUUUAUAACUUAAGUAGAGAAUAUAACGCUCCUUUACUUUCUAAAAAUAAUAAUUCCAAACGGACUUCUUUGAAUUCGCGAGUUAGGACAAGUUCAAUAUUAGAACUCUUGCAUCUGUAGGAGUAUUGCUCGUGCGUUGCUUAACUUGUUUUUAACGUAAUCAUAGGGACAUGUACCUUUUCGCAAAGCUUGUGUGGCUGGACAAAUUCACUCAAUGACAGUGGAGACUGGAAAAUAUACGCCGAUGACACACCCUCCUUUAACACGGGACCUCAUUAUGACUUUGACGGAAACGGUAGGUGGUCAAAAUUGUUGGGUCCGGGUCAAGAGCGCAGUCACAUUAUCGACACCGCCUCGGCGUGGUUGUCAGGGUUUUAAAAGGGAGGUUAAGCAACUACGACAGCGACGGCUGCGAAAACGUCACUUAAAAAGUAAAUUCGCGCUGUUUCAAAAAUUUGUCGCACUUAUCUAUCUCCGGCGUUCAGUUCGUCAAAUGUUGGCAAAUUUAUCUGGAGUUGAAUUCUAAAGGACUGUGUCAAAGUACAGGAAAAGAAUAGGAAAGUCGUUGUCUUCCGGCUGUUCACGUCCCCACAAAAAGUGAAAAUAGGCAUUUUUACGUCGUGCAUGAUUCACGUGAAAAGUUGUUGUUUUGCUAAUCUAAACCUGUUGCCUUUUUGUCAUUCUCGUUGCCGUCGCCGUCAUCGUUGCUUAAGCUUCCUCUUGAUCGCAGUAAUAGGAUAAUAGCAUAAAUGUACGUGAACCAAUUGCGUUAAUCAUCCUGGGAAUCGUAUUCGAUUCAAUGUGAUCAAAACCAAUUCAUCAAAUGAAAUAUAAGUACAGUGAUAUAGGAACGAAUAAAUGAUGCUAUUUUUCUCAUGCAUGCAGGUUUCUAUAUCUAUAUGGAAGCCUCAGACCUACUACAAGGGCAAGAGGUCCGUCUGGAGAGCGAAACAUUAAGAAUUCCAGUUUGUUUAAGUUUUUCUUACUAUAUGUAUGGUAAGGAUGUCAAAGAACUGCGACUGGAGCAGCGAAACUUAAUGAAUAACGAAACCAAAGUUGUAUGGACAAAGAAGGGCGAACAGGGGGAUCACUGGAACUUUCAGUUACAAGAAUUAAAAGGAGAGCAAUACACGGUAAUUAUUUAAGCAAUAGAAAACUUUUUCCGUGUUUGCAUAACCUGGUAUAAUCACGAGAGGGGUUAGGAGAACACGAGACAGUUAUGUGAACCCGAAACGAAGUCGAGGGUUUGCAUAACUGUCGAGAAUUCUCCCCAACCCCUCGAGUGUUACCACUAACAAAAAAUAUUUAAUAAAUUUAGAGCGCUUUUUUCUCUUUCUUUGUCGGAAGUUGUCUUAAAUGGACUUCGAAGACGACUUGACAUUCUUUUAAAUGCUUUUUUUUCUGUAGAUAUCUUUUGUAGCAGUCCGAGGCAAAUCUUAUCUUAGCGACAUUGCUAUUGAUGAAAUAUCUAUCCUCGAUGUAAAGGAAUGCAAAAGUUUGAGUGGGAAGGCUGGAAAACAACCCAAUCCAAAGGAUGGUGAGUAAUCGGAUUUCGAGUCGGUAGAAAAAAUUAAAUAAUAAAACGGUUUCACUCCCGACUCAUGAUAUGAAUGCAUUUUAACUGCCGGAAGAAAAAUGUCAUAUUAUCAUCAAGAAAUUGACAGAAUCUAAUCUAUCCAUGAAGACUAUUGACAGAAUCUAAUCUAUCCAUAAAGACUGCCAACAUUAUCAGUACAGCUGGGAUAGUCAGGAACUUUCUCAAUGUAGAAAUUAAACCUUAUCGGCAUUUACCUCGUGUACCGAACACAGAUGACGUAAAACAAACGAACAAAAAGCAUGAAACAAUAGAGUACUAAAGUGAUGACGUCAAAAAAUGAAAUUUCUGAAAUUAUGGGAUUUGUCAGGAUAUUCUGAAAGAACAAUUUCCAAGAUGCCUACUUAGUUACCAAAAAUGGGCAUCUCGGGGCAAAAUUGUCUCGGAGAUGUUAUCCGGUUAUACUCAGAAAAUUAAACUCCAUACAAACCCUUCUAAUUUUUUUUGGGUCGACCCAAAAGCAUUUAGAAGGGUUUGUAUUGAGUUUUCUAAGCAUUACUGGGCUACACCCCCAGACCUUUAAGAGUGUGUGUAUUAAGUGCCACACUAGUCGGCCAUUGAACAGCUUGCUCGAUCGUAUGUGUUGUUGAUUUUUAAUCGAGGUUCUCCCCAAUUCUGUUUUUGCAUUUCCGUUUCUUUUUUUUUUUGUCGUUUCUAAAGUAUUGUCAUUCUCGUUAGUUGUAUUACUAAUUUUCUUUUUUUUUUUCCUGGACCUCGUAGUGGAGCUAACUCUGUGAAUGAUCCAGGCCUCUUGACGAAGUUUAUAAAUAAAAUAAAUAAAUAAAUAAGAGGCAGGUAUCUUAGUUUGGAACCAAUCAGACUAGUGACAGCUUAAAUAUGUGGCCAAUACGGAAAUGUUUCGGUUGUUUUCUACCAGCGGUUUACAAGUAAAGAAUAAUUAUUCUUUUUUGUUUUAAGAUACAGAAUUUUUCCUCGUAGAAUAAGAGAUGAAUUAAUGGUUUUUUUCUUGUUGCCCCAAGGGAAUUGUGACUUUGACAAAGGCUUCUGCAAAUGGCAAAACGUUAAGGAUAACGUUUUUGAUUGGACCAGGAAUUCAGGAAGAACACCUUCUUCCGCAACUGGACCAAGUUUUGACCAUACAAAAGGUCAAACACGUCCAAAAGGUAAUCUUCUGAUGAUUGCAUGUCCACCCUGCUAGGGUUCUAGAAAAGAAGUAGAACUAUUUUUAAACAACUAUUAACUUCAGAAUCAGCUUUAUGGGUGCAGACCUCUCCAACGGAGAUGGACAUGAACGGUUUCUCGGUAACUAAGAAGUUAUAUUGCCAAGCCAUCUCUCAAAUAAUCCAGUUUCUUUACAAAUUUAAUAACAUCUCAAUUGAUAUUUCUUUUUCUUUAACAUACAAACCAGGCCAUUACAUCUACUUAGAAGCUUCUAAUCCGCGCAGAAGGGGAGACACAGCUCUUCUUCUCCUCAAGCUUGAGGGCAGUUCCUUUUGCAUGCGCUUCUGGUAUCACAUGUAUGGCAGGGAUAUGGGCUCUCUCAAAAUUGUGCACAUUAUCAAGCAAGGUACAAUAAAAGACGAACCUGCGGAUGACGACCAGCCUAAAACUAUUGAGUUCACACAAGGUUUGAGGGGAAGCCGAGAUACUCGGAAGAUUACGUGGCAGAAAUCGGGAAAUCAUAGAAACAAAUGGCACCAAGCUGAAUUGGACCUUAAGCAUGGAAAGUCUGCUGUUCACUGGGUGAGUUUCAACGGGAUGGAAACAUGUUUUACUUAAAAAUAACGUAAUAUUGUGCUACUUAUGCACUGAGAAACAACGAGUAAUUGAUUUGUAAAUGUUCCCUCAACUGAUCAUUGCAGGACACUUUACCAUUCUAUUGUUAAUAUAAGCCCACCGUUCUAGUGCGGCUUAAAACGUUUUCUUCGAGUAACAUAAGUACGCACACGAUUUCCGCGUUCUUUUAUAAUGUUGCUUUUAAAAUUGCCCACACGCAAGUAAAAAUUAUGGAAAAGCAAAGGCAGGGGUGCAGUAUUGAAAAAGGCUAAGCUCUCUCCUGAUCUAAAUAAAAUGAUAAAGACUUCUUAACAUUUGAUGACAUUCUCGCUAUAACUCGUAGUAGAGUGACGACAGUUAACGCGUUUUCCCGCCAAAAUGACCAGGUUAACGCGCGUGGCGUGCACUACUUUGUAUUAAGAAAAUCUCGUACCCGUAGUCGUACUCGUCUUAGAAUCUAAAGGUCUCUAUUUUUAGUCCUUUCUUGUUUAAGGCUACUUGAAAAAGGUUGAUCAUUAUCUCUUUCGAAUAUGAUGUCUCCUUAGAUCGGUAUCGUCGGCGUGAUCGGUAAAAGCUACACCAGUGACAUGGCGGUGGAUGACAUUCAAUUCACAACCGGAAGUUGCUCGAGUAGAAGAAAAGCUUGAAAAGGGAAUUUCUGUUUCGAU